AUGACGCGUUUUUCUUCUCGCUCUUCAUCUCUUUCUUUUUCUCUUUCUUUUUUCUCUUUCAACUUUCUAUUUCUCUUUUUUUUAUUUCCUCUUUCUUACAUUAUUUUGGUUACAUUCGUUCUCUUUUUCUUUCUUUGCUUUUGUCCUUUUCUUUUUAUUACUUUAUUUUACAAUAUUUUUGUCUUCAUUAUUUUUUAUUCCUUCUUUGUUAACAUUCAUUCAUUUCUUUCUAAUCUAUAUCUAUAUUGCCACUUUUUCUUCACCAUUUUUAUUCCAUUUUUCUCUUUUUUUCUACAUUUUUUCUUCCUUUUUAUUUCUUUUUAUAUUUUUCUUUUUUCUUCGUUUUUCUUUUUUAUAUUCUUUUUUAUUUUUCUUCAUUUACUUCUUUUUCUAUACUUUCAUACUUUCAUCUUUUUCUUCAUUUUUUCUUCAUUUUUGUUUUCUUUUUGCACUUUUUCUAAUUUUUCUUUCCUGUCUAUUUCUUUCCUCUUUCUUCUUUUUCUAUUCUCUUACUUUUUUACAUUUUUUUGUUUGUUUCAUUUUUCUUCCUUUUCCCCUUUUAUCUCCUUUUCUUUCCUUUUUUCUUUUACAUCCUUUCUUUCUCCUUUUUUGUAUUAUAUUCCCUUUUCCUUCACUUUUCUUCUUUUUUGCUUUUUCUUUCUUUUUUCUCUUUUUAUCUUUUGCUUUCUUCUCUUUUUUUCUUCUUUUGCCUCCUUUUUCUUCCCUUUUACCUUUUCUCCCAUUUAUCUGCUUUUAUGCUUCCUUUUUUAUAGUUCACAUUCCAUUUCAUUUUUGCUUAGUACUUUCUUUUUCUUGUUCUUCGAUUUUUUCCUCCCUAUUGUGCGAUUAGUUACCCAAGUCUCAUCUUCCAGCCUCAUCAUUUGCUCGGUUAGUUUAUUCUGGUUUUCUAUCUACUCUCUCUUUCUCUCUCUCUCUCUCUUUCUCUUUCUCUCUCUUUUUCUCUUUCUCUCUCUCUCUCUCUCUCUCUCUCUCUCUCUCUCUGUGUUUGUUCUCCCCUUGUUUCUCUCUCUUUCUAUUUUUUUCUCUCUCUCAACUUCACAUAAUGUUUUUGUUACUAUUAUUCACAUAAUUGUUUUUAUAGGUGUUGUUCUUAUUUCGGAGUUAUUGCUUAUCUUGAUAUACACUGUUGGUUAA